CAAACAAUACUUGGUCUAUUCGGCAGUAGGAUAAGCUUAUUAGCUUAUUAAAACGGAAAACAUUGUGAUUUAAUCUUUGAAACAAACAAACAUUAUUGUUUCACUUUGUUUGAAAUGUAUACUGACAUAUUUAACCAUAUUAGUUUGUUAGGUUUAUAUACCGUUAACUCGUGACCACUUUAUUAUUGGAAAUCAUUCAGGCGUGGAGGGUUAUUUUACGAUCAAGAUUCCUGUUUUGUAAUUCAUAUGAAAUUGACAUUGGGGAUUAUAGUGAAAUAGAUAUAAUGUAGAAUAAAAUGUACAUCACUGGAUUACCUUAUUGAAAAACAAUGGAGAAAUUAUUGAUUUGUGUUUUAAGUUUGUUUGGAAUAUUUUUGUUAAUUGGAUUUUCUGAAGCUACCUGUGAUUUUGGUGAAUGGGGUGGAAGUUGUCAGUACAACUGUUCUACCACAUGCUAUUAUGGAACUGAAUGCUCCAGUAAUGGCGGGAAAUGUGGAUGUGAACAAUUGCAUGGAAACUGUUACGGAUGCGCAAAGAAUUAUUUUGGUGACGUCUGUAAUAAGGCAUGUAACCAGAACUGUUCACUUAGUGACCAAUGUAUUCAAUCUGGAUUGUCAUGUGGAUGUGAGAGACAGCUAGGCUAUUGUAAUAGUUGCCCUAAAACACUAUGGGGCCAGUAUUGUGACAGGUCUUGUUCGAUAAGAUGCAUUAACUUGGAAUGUGAAAGAACUUCCGGCCAAUGCACGUCAGGUUGUAAAAAGGGUUAUUAUGGAAGUGAUUGCAGUUCAACGUGUCCUAUUUCUUGCCAAUUUGGAUGUGAUCAACAAACUGCUGGGUGUUUUCCAUCCUAUUGCGUGAACUGUAAUGGUGGACUUCCAAAAUGCGAUCAAAGCAGUAGAAAGUGUUUAAAUGGGUGUAUAGAUGGAUUUUUUGGUUCAAGUUGUGACAAGUCAUGUUCGGAAGAGACAAAUAAUAAUUUAUGUACGAAAUGUCAAGCAUUGAUAUCUGUUGGUAUAACAGUCUGUACCGAAUGUCAAUCAGAAUAUUAUUAUGAUGGAAUAAUUGGUAACUGCACAUCCUGUAGUACAGGAUGCAAAACAGAUAACACCAAUUUAGCAAAGUGUUUUCCUGACACUGGAAACUGUCGGUUUGGCUGUUCUGCUGGAUGGAAUGGACAGCGCUGCGAUACGUUUAGCUGUUCAUUGCCAAAUUGCGAAUCUUGUGUUGCAAAUCAACCGACCGUUUGUGAGCGCUGUCAAACUGGUUGGUAUCUGGAUUCCGGUCAGUGCAUUAGAUGUAGCGAUAAUUGUGCGACUUUAAAUUCUUGCGAUAAAACAUCAGGAACUUGCACGGGUGGAUGCAAAACGGGUUGGUAUGGUAACAAAUGUACAGAUAAUUGUAACACAAACUGUAACCAAGGUGAGUGUGAUAGCAAUGGAAUAUGUAGUAGUGGCUGUAAUGUAAAACGUUACGGCCAGAAAUGUGACAUGCAAUGUCUUAAUUGCUUAACAACAUGUAAUCGUAAUACUGGCUUGUGUGACGCCGGUUGUGUAGACGGAUAUCAUGGUAACGAUUGCUUACAAUCCUGUAACUCCAAUUGCUUAAAUAAUAAAUGUAGUCAAGUAGAUAGCAAGUGUUCCUCUGGGUGCAAACAAGGGUUCUAUGGGGAAUUUUGUCAACUUCCUUGUGGGUCAAAUUGUGACGGUAAUAGUUGUAACCGAACAACUGGCGCAUGCUCGGGAAAUUGCCUUUCUGGCAAAUAUGGUGAUUACUGUGAUUUAGAUUGUUCAGCAAACUGUUCACCUAGAACCUGCCAAAAAGUCGGCGGGGCAUGCACGUCAGAAUGCAUUGCCGGAUAUCAUGGUAGUCAUUGCAGUAGACUAUGUCCGUCGUCGUGUUCAACAAAUCAAUGUAAUAAGGAUGACGGAACGUGCAGUGGAAAUUGUCCAAACAUGAAAUUCGGUACGAGAUGUGAGCUAUCGUGCAGCAGUAACUGUAAAGGCACAACAUGUGAUAGAUCAUCCGGUAGGUGUGUGGGAGGAUGCAAAGCUGGAUACCAUGGUGUUUCUUGUGAGAAUAUUUGUACCGGGUGCGAUAAUUCAGGAUGUGAUCAAACUACUGCUGUUUGUAUAGGUAAGUGUAUUGAUGGUUUCUAUGGAACCAAUUGUAAUAAGACUUGUAGCAUGGGUUGUUUAAGUAGUUCUUGUGAUAAACAAACAGGGAAAUGCAGUAUUUGUAAAGAGGGAUAUUAUGGGGAUACUUGUUCAAACACUUGCAGUAAUAACUGCAAGUUUUCUCGGUGCAAUCAGACAACGGGAUUGUGCUCUGAAGGGUGUGCACCUGGAAAGUUUGGGCAACUUUGUGAUAAUUCCUGUUCUACUUGUACCUUGUGUAAUCAAACUACUGGAACUUGUGAAGGCUGUGCUCCUGGUAAAUAUGGUGUAAACUGCCAAAGCAGUUGCAAUGCAAACUGUGGACUCUCUCCCUCUGGACAGAUAAUUUGUGACGGUAUAGACGGAUAUUGCCUUAACAGUUGUAAGGAUGGAUGGUAUGGAACGUACUGUAGCAUACCCUGUAAUAAUGAAAUUCAUUGCAUCAGUUCUGCCUGUGAUCGUCUUACUGGGCGAUGUUCAGGUAACUGCGUAACGGGUUGGUACGGUGCUACAUGUAAUGUUCGUUGUAGUGAAAAUUGUAAUGGCGAUUUGUGUGAUCGUGAUAGUGGUGAAUGCACAUAUAACUGCACGUCUGGUUUUUAUGGCACUCAAUGCAAAACUCCUUGUGUAAUCACUUGCACAGAUUGUGACAGAUUAUUUGGAACUUGUACGAAAUGUAAACCUGGAUAUUAUGGACACAAUUGUCAAAGUCAGUGUAAUAGCCAUUGUUCGAUGUCGUCAACAGUUGGAAAUGUAGUUUGUAAUAAGUUGACUGGAAUCUGUAAUGGCGGUUGUGCAAAUGGAUGGUAUGGUCAAUCAUGCACAAAUGAGUGUUCACAGACUUGUUUCAACAGUGAAUGCGACAUGGAUUCCGGAAAAUGUUCACAGGGAUGUGUUGUUGACAAAUACGGCGAAUACUGUGAAAAUAGUUGUAAAAACUGUGCUGGCACUUCAAAUGAAAAUUGCAACCCUGGAAAUGGAAAUUGUUUUUUCGGAUGCGACGAUGGAUACUUUGGAAAUUCCUGUACCCAAAGCUGCUAUCCCGGAUGUAAAAAUAAACAGUGCAUUUAUUCGUCAAACAAUUGUUCAUAUGGAUGUGAAAAUGGCCUCUAUGGAUUCUCAUGCACUGAAACAUGUAGUACAAAUUGUGAAAACAAUAUGUGUGAUCAGAACACAGGGUUCUGUACAUCCGGGUGCAAAGCCGGUUGGUUUGGACAAAAAUGUAAGUACGCCUGUCCAGUUUCUUGCUCUGGUAGUGUUUGUGAUCGGGUGACCGGAAGUUGUAUUGACGUUGACGUUUGUGCUGGAAGUGAUUGUCAAGGUACAACCAUUAAGAAUGAUACUGAAGUUGACAUAGCCAUUGUAAUUGGUGCAAUCAUAGGUGGGGCAGUAGUAUUGUUGAUCAUUGUGAUCAUUGUAUGUUGCCACUGUCUUAGAAACAAGGACAGGCAUGCUAAAGAAAACGGCAGUGAAGAUGUCUUAACACCUCGAUCAGAUGAUUCUUUGGAAGGAAUAGACAAUAACCAAUUUGCUAAUUAUGACGAAAUAAAAAAAGAUGAGUGGGUGAUGCGUAAUACUAUACGUUUUGACACUCCAAAACAAAAUGGCACCCUUAUACCACGUGGUGGAGAAGCAGACGCACAUAUGGAUUAUUACGAUUUCCCACCACCACCACCUGAAGAAAUUGUUGCAGACGUAAAUGCCAUUUUAUUAACGACCGAAGGACUGCCUCCUCCUCCACCAACUGUGCAUUUUAGUGACUUUGACGGACGAGACGGUAUUCAAGUAGAGAUGUUGCCCCAGUAUGUGGAAUACAUGCUACAGAAAGACAACGCGUUUGAAACUGAGUAUGAUGGUUUACCACAUGGACUUAAACAUCCACAUGAUGUAGCUUUGAGACCUGGCAACAAACGAAAGAACCGUUACAAAAAUAUUUAUGCCUAUGACCAUUCCAGGGUAGUUUUACAACCGGAAGUUAUUGAUUCCGAAGAUGGAAGUAGUUAUGCAACGGUUGAUAACUCUGAUUAUAUCAACGCGUCAUAUUUUGAUGGGUAUCAAGAUCCACGAGCUUACAUUGCAUGCCAAGGUCCGACAGAUGAAAUGGUAGAUGACUUUUGGAGGAUGGUUUGGCAGCUGAGGAUCCAAAAUAUUGUCAUGUUAACAAAUCUCAUAGAACUUGGGCAAAUAAAGUGUAAGAAGUAUUGGCCUGAUGAGAACAAGACCGAGAGAUUUGGUAACAUAUAUGUCAAAUUUGACUACCAGGAAACGUUUGCUGACUUUAUACUCACCAACCUAAUAGUCACGAAGACUGACUCAGAAAAUACCAACGCCAACAAAGACCAAACGACAACUGAAGAUAAUGCGAGACUGCAGGUCAAACAUUUACAGUUUGCUUCUUGGCCUGAUCGAGAUGUACCAAAAUAUGUCACAACCCUUGUAGAGUUUCAUAGUAAGGUCAACAGCCUGCGUCAUGAAGGACCAUUAUUGAUUCACUGCAGUGCUGGUGUAGGACGAACAGGAACAUUUAUAGGAAUGGAUUACCUGAUGGAUCAAGCCGACAGUGAGGGGAGAGUUAGCGUAUAUAAAUGUGUAGAGAAAAUGAGGAUUGCCAGACCAAAUAUGGUGCAAACACCUGAGCAGUACAUUUUCUUACACCAAGCAUUGGCAGAAGCAUUGCUCACGUCCGAGUCUCCUGUUGACGAAGACGAGUUUGAAAAUUACUAUAAUCAAAUGCAAAUUAAAGAUCCUAGAUCUGGACUGUCGAGAUUACAACAUGAAUUUGAAGAAGUAAAAACUCAGAGAGUAAAACGUUCACACGAGGCAGCAAAAGCGGAGGAAAAUAAACAUAGAAACAGACAUACAAAUGUUUUAGCAUCUGAUGAAUGUCGAGUGUUUCUAUGGUCAAAGAUAAAAGGUUGUACAGAUUAUAUAAAUGCUAUAUACUUGCCGUCCUUCAGAAACAAAUAUUGCUUUAUUGCCACCGAAAUGCCACAAUGUGCCACUAUUGUUGAUUUCUGUAGGAUGAUCUUCCAAGAAGAAGUUAGAACUAUUGUCAUGUUAGACAAUGAUACCUCAGGGAUCACUGCAAAUGAACACUAUUGGCCAGAGUCAAAUCAAACCAUGGAAAUGGGGCCUUUUUCAAUCAAUGUCACUGAAGUGAAAGAGCAAAAUGACUAUACAUUGAGAAGCUUAAACUUCAAGUUCGCUGUUGAUCCUGAAAGUAAAUCCGAAAUGCUUACUGUUCUUGACCAGAAAGGAACUUAUAAAGUUAAUCAGUUCCAUUAUAAGCGUUGGUCAGAAGGCAAGGUCACACCAGUGUCUGUAGAAUCUUUUGUUGACUUUAUCAAUGCUGUCACUGAAUGGCAGUCGGACUCGGUCAAACAUCCUAUUAUUGUCUACUGUAUGAAUGGUGCUAGCAAAGUAGGACUAUUUUGUUUAGUUAGAGCAUGUAUGGACAGACUUCAGUCUGAUGGAGAUGUUAGUGUAGUGCAUGCCCUACAUCAUAUGAGAGCCAGACGUUCUAAGCUAGUGCCAAACUAUGAACAAUACAAGUUUUGCCAUGACUGUUUAUUACGACAACUGAACAGUGAUCAUCUGUGAUACCAAAAAAAUAUUAAGCAUUAUUUAUAACAUGUUUAUUUUUGCCAUUACCGUCUAUGCAUUCAGCCUUCACUUAUCUGAUGAUGAAAGUGUUUUUACCGUCAGUUUUUGCUGUGGUUUCCAACCCGUGAUAUGGCUUUCUUGGAAAUGCAAAGAACAAAACGUAUUGACUCAAUAGUUACUCGAAUGUUUUGGCAAAUGUGUAUCCCGGGUGCCACUUUAUUAAGAAUGCAUAUCGUUUUCUUAUCAACAUUUAUUUAUUUAUUUAUAGUUUUGCGCAUAUUUUUCGUUCAGAAUGUUAAUCAUUUGGUUUUGGUUUUAUAUCAUCUGAAACAUCGUUGUGGUCAACAGUUGCACAAAUUCAUAUUACACUAAAAUUAAUAAUUUCAAAUAUAUGCAUAUGACCACAGAAGUAGAUGUUUCAAUAUUCAUACAUACUCAUGUAUACAUUUUAAAAUUGUGUAUUGGCUAUUACAGUCAAGAACGCAGGAAGUGUAAACACAGGCGUGUCUUCGUGAAAUUUUACCAUUUCUAUUGUAGAAAAAAAAAUCAGUUUUGGUGCAUUUCUAUAACUUUAUUGAAUUCUUUCAUUUCAGUGAAAGUCUUUAUUUAGGAUCUGAUGAAAUUCAAUAUUUGUCAUCAAAUUUAACGAUUAUACAACUUUUUAAAAACAUUUACGGAACGAAAUUUGCUUGUAAUAGCACACAUUUUACCCCUAUGUACUAUCAACUAGAUAUAUUUUUUUAUAAAUAGAUUAAAUAAGUUGUGCAACAAUUGUAAUAUUAUAGGAUUAUCCAAAACAAUUCAUAUGUUGCAUUUUAUUAAUUUUUAUACGCCCGUCAAAUUUUUGACGGGACGUAUUAUGUUAUACAAAUGUUCGGCGUCCAUCCGUCUGUCCGUCUGUCCGUCUGUCUGUCCGACUGUCUGUCCGGCGUAAACAUGUCGCACCGUAACUUGAGAAUGACUUAUCCAAAUUUCAUGAAACUUUACAUAGUUGUUUCUUAUGAUGGUCAAACGAUCUGUAUACUUUUUGGUGAAAAUAAGAAUAAAACUUUUUGAGUUACGGGACUUAGUAACUAAAACAGGUGUGUGUUUUUUUUCACAUGUCGCGCUGUAUCUCAAAAACAAUUUAUGAUUAUUGCUUAAAACUUUACACACUUCUUAGUUAUAUUAAUCUCAAGAUCUGUAUACUUUUUGGUGAUGAUUCAAAAUUUUAUUUAAGAGAUAUUUAGUAUUUUGUUAUAAAAGGGGGAGGGGUUUUUCACAUGUCGCGCUGUAUCUCAAAAACAGUUUAUGAUUAUUGCUUAAAACUUUACACACUUCUUAGUUAUAUUAACCUUAAGAUCUGUAUACUUUUUAGUGAUGAUUCAAAAUUUUAUUUUUGAGUUAUUGAGUAUUUUGUAAAAAAAGGGGGAGGGGUUUUUCACAUGUCGCGCCGUAUCUCAAAAACGAUUUAUGAUUAUUGCUUAAAAUUUUACACACUUCUUAGUAAUAUUAAUCUAAAGAUCUGUAUACUUUUUGGUUUUAAUUCAAAAUUUUAUUUUAGAGAUAUUGAGUUUUUUGUAAAAAAAAAAGGGGGUUUUCGCAUGUCACGCCGUAUGUCAGAAACUAUUUAUGCUUAUUGCAUAAAAAUUCACACAUUAGACGACGGGCGUAUCAUGCGCUCAUGGCGCAGCUGUUUAUUGUUUAUGUAAAAAUUAGACUGUGAUAGAAUUAUUUAUUAUAUAUUUGUAUUUUACGUUUGUCAUAAUGGUUAUUUACGAAUAAAUACGAAUAAAUAUAUUUUUAUGAUUACUAUGA